AAUAAUGCUUGCAUGGAGUGGAGAUGCCCUUGUAGGUCUUAGCCACUGCCCUUUAAAUGUCUUUACAGUUUACACGGACCAUACACACAUUGCUCAUCUAGUCUGCACUUUUCCGAAUGAUUAACCCAAGCUGCAGCUUUGAGCUCUUCUUGCUUGAAAAAAGCAGUGUGUCGCGUUUCGUUUUACUUUUAGUUCGUUUGUCCUCCUCGGCGUGCCGUAGCUGCUUCUUGCUGCCAUAGUGACGGUCGCGGACAGACGCUUCGUAAGUUCUUAUUGCAGAAAUAACGGGAGACCAAGGAAGGUCUACGCUUACUCGGACAAAGAUAUAUUUGGAAAAGGAGGAAAGGCAAUCAUGUCUUUCAGAGAUCUGAGAAAUUUUACAGAAAUGAUGCGAGCACUGGGAUACCCUCGACUCAUCUCCAUGGAGAACUUCAGAGCUCCAAACUUUCCUUUAGUGGCAGAGAUUCUCAUCUGGCUCGUCAAGAGGUACGAACCACAGAUGGACAUCCCCAGUGAUGUGGACACAGAGUCCGACAGAGUGUUCUUUAUCAAAGCUGUUGCCCAAUUCAUGGCAACAAAGGCACAUAUUAAACUGAACCUCAAGCGCUUAUAUCAGGCGGACGGUUAUGCAGUGAAAGAGAUGCUGAAGAUCACCAGUGUCCUCUAUAAUGCCAUGAAGACCAAAGAGAGCUCCGCCGGUGACCUCAACCUUGAUGAAAACAGCAGCAAGUUCAAAUUCGACCUGGGAUCAAAGAUAGCAGAUCUAAAGGCUGCACGUCAGCUUGGCUCUGAGAUCACGGCGAAGGGGGCCUUUCUGUAUGAUCUUCUGGGCCAUGAAGAGGACCUGAGAGAGAGCAGAACAGCUGCCAUUGCACGACCACUAGAGAUAGUGGAGACGGAGAGAGCUCUCAGAGCAGCUAUCAAAGACGCGAUGGAGAAUGUCCAGAAGACUAAGGAGCAGUUAAACAAUGUAUCAUCUGAUGAGGCGAGCCUAGAGGCCAAAAUUGAGAAGAAAAAACAAGAGCUGGAGAGAAAUCAAAAACGCUUACAAACACUGCAGAGCGUCCGUCCGGCAUUCAUGGAAGAGUAUGAGAAGAUCGAGGAGGAGCUGCAGAAGCAAUAUGGAACAUACGUGCAGAAGUUCCGCAACCUCUGCUUCCUGGAGCAGCAGCUGGAGGACUACCACAGAGUGGAGCAAGAGCGCUUUGAGGAAACUGAAAAUUCCAUAAGAAUGAUGCAGAAUAAGCUACGAGAGGAAGACAGGAGACUCAUGAGGAGUGGAGUGCAAGAGGAUGAUUCUGAUAUGGAUAUCCCAGAAGAUGAAGGCUCAGACAGUGAUAUAGAGGAAGGAAGACCACCCAAACCAUUCCCUGCACGCCAUACCCAGAUAACAGGUCGAGCUGGUGGGCGACUCAUUGGCAACAUGCAGGGAGGAGACAGUGAUGAGUCGGAGGACAGCGAGAUCGAUGUUGAUGACGACGAUGACGAUGAUGAUGAAGAAGAGGAAGACGAGGCGAACGAGGACCUUGAUGAAGAUAAUGACAGUCUGGAAGGCUCUGCCUCCAACCCCAGCCGCCCGGGCCGAUCACUGCACCCUCAGAUACUGGAGGAAAGUGACAACGACUUCUAAAACGCAACAGGGGAACUUGCACAUUCGCAUAAAAUAUGUAUUGAACUUCUGUAACAUUCCUGUACUGUUUUUUGUGUAUACAGCCUUUAUGCCUUUAAGUGAAUGUAAAUAUAUAUUAGAAUGAUCAAUAAAUGUAAUAAAAUCUGCAA